AUGAUGAAUAUUUUCAUGAUGACAAGUGGGAUGCUGGAGAUCGCUGACUCGCGCGUCUUGCGUAUCGUCAUAGCGUCCGCCGUGCUUUGGGGCGCUACAGGACUGCUAGCUUUUGCGUGGUGGAUUUACAGGUCGUUCCUAAAUGAGAGAGCUCUCUCAUACCCCGUGGUAGGCGAUCCUCACGCACGGUCAUUGGAGGGGAACCUCAUCCAGGGAAUGGAAAAAUAUCGCGACUCACCCUUCGUCUUGGCUGGAUCACGCCCACCACUUCUCAUACUACCAAUGUCUGUCUUUCAUGAAAUCCACAACAUGCCAAACGAAUGCAUUUCCAUCAUUGCAGAGCAUGAAGACAAGUUCCAGGGCAAGUACACCCACAUCACUACCAUCAAACCUGAAAUUCCCGCCACUAUUCGUCAGGACUUAACCCGCAAUAUGCCAAACAUUAUACUGGAGUUCCAGGAUGAGCUGGCAUAUGCCUCUGAGCAGUGGCCCAGGAGAAGCAAUUGGUCAUCUGUUCCUCUAUACGGGAUGAUGCUAAGAACCGUGGCGCUGUUGAGUGGCAGAGCGUUUGUCGGUCUGCCCUUGUGUCGCGAUGAAGGCUGGCUACAAGCCUCCAUAGGCUACACUGUUCAAUGCGUUUCAAUUCGUGAUCAGCUCUAUGCCUGGAGUCCCGUGCUGAGGCCUAUUAUCGGCCCGCUUCUGCCCAGCGUCCGUUCGGUGCGAAGACAUCUACGCUUCGCAGCGGAGAUAAUGGCACCUUUGAUCUCGCAAGUAUUACAAGACAAUCAAAAGCAACACCAAGCAAACUCGGACCAGACUAAAGAACGAGACACCUUUGUGUCAUGGCUUCUUCGGCAUUUACCUGAGGAGCUUAGAACCCCUGAGCAGGUCGGGCUGGAUCAAAUGCUGGUCUCGUUCGCCGCGAUCCACACUACCACCAUGGCCCUAACCAAGGUCGUAUGGGAGCUUGCCAAACGGCCAGAAUACGUUGAGCCGUUGAGAGCCGAGAUUCAAGGCGUCUUUGGACCCAAUGUCGGUAAAGAAGCCAUUUCUAUCAACAAGGAUGCUUUAUCAAGGCUCCAGAAACUAGACAGCUUCAUCAAAGAAGUUCAGCGCUGGUGCCCCUCGUCUUUUAUCACUCCCAGCAGGCGCGUCAUGAAGUCAAUGACAGUAUCAAAUGGUAUCAAGCUACAAAAAGGGACCUCCAUAGCAUUCCCCGCCCACGCAAUCCAUAUGUCGAAAGAGACGCCAACAUUCUCGACAAACUUCAGCUCUGACUUCACAAACCCGUCCCCUCUCAUCUUUGACGGAUUCCGUUACGCAAAACUACGAUCUAUCAGAGGACAGGAGUCACAUCACCAGGCAGCCACUACAGGUCCUGACUAUCUGAUCUUCAACCAUGGAAAGCAUGCAUGCCCUGGAAGGUUCUUUGCCGUAUCUGAGAUCAAGAUGAUACUCAUAGAGUUGUUGGCGAAGUAUGAUAUCAGACUUGAGGAUGGAAAGCCAGGGCCUGAGCUGAUGCGUGUUGGGACGGAGACUAGACUGGAUACUCAAGCGUGUCUUGAGAUACGAAGGAGAUAA